AUCCAACGCAAGUAUGACGUCGAAUUAGUUACUUUUUGGGGACAACCGAAACAGAAGGAAUUGAAAGGAACUUUUGUAAUCAGGAGACGAUGGUAAAAAAUGGAAAUCCAGUGAAGGAGUUGGAGCUGGAGUUGGGUCUUGAAGCGACAGAGUCCACCAAGCUGUUUGGUUUUUGUCGCUCAUUUUUUUCUUUUCUUUCUUCUUUUUUUUUUUUCGCGCGAAUUUUCUCUUUCCUUCUCUGUCGCUGUGCUAGCAGCAUCGUAACAAGACGAUUAAUCGCGCGAGAAAGAAAGGGUCGCUUGCAUCUUUUAAACGUCAAAUAAAAGUAAAUCUCUGCUACUCUUUAGCAAAGAAAAAGAGACCUCGUUCCAUCAAGUGAAAGUGAAUUCCAUUUUCUCGUCGAAACAACAACCCAAGCGAAAACGAUAAGGAACCCUACAACAAGAAAGAAAGAGAAAAAUCGAGCGAAAAAAAAAAACAAAAAAAACGAAACACUUAUCCUACUAUUCCCAUAUUUGCUCACAAUAAAAAAUCUUUUACAAACGUCAUUCUAAAGAAAAAUGACAAUGUUACUUUAACAAUUUCUUACAGGUCACCAAAACCUCGUUUAUCCUCGUUUGUAUUCUUUAUAUUCCACAAAACAAACAAAAAUUAUUACCAUUUCUAAUUCACAAAAACAUCAUGGA